ACCUUGAUUUUUACGUACAAAAUAUACUCAAACAUAAAGAUUCAACCACCUUUACUUGAUUCAUCUUCAACAAUAGAGAAUAAUUAGCUUUGUACUUUCCUCUAUUCUUCCUCUUUUUUGCACUUCCAUCGAGUAAGGAGGAUAAUUUGUUGCAAGAAAUCAAUCACAUGCGCACAUGCAUGGGAGGAAGUAGUGGCCUUUAUAUUAAACGACGUCUUAAUGAAAAUCAUCACAACUACUCUUAUAUUGUUCUCUUGUUUUUUGGCAAAUAUAUUGUAGUACUCUUCAUUGUUUUGUCCACGCUUAUGGCUUCCUCCUCGUCGUCUACUACUAAGGCUACCACCGCUCCCACGGACCCGUCGACGGCGGUCCUUAUCCGAGUCGAUCAAUCGGGUCAGGGUAACUAUAGGAAGAUACAAGAUGCCAUUGAUGCUGUGCCCUCUAAUAAUACUGAGUUUGUUUUCAUUUGGGUUAAGCCUGGAACUUACAGGGAAAAGAUUGUUGUUCCAGCUACCAAGCCCUACAUAACUCUAAGUGGAAAUCGAGCAAAUGAUACUAUCAUAACAUGGGAUGCUGGUGGUCACAUAUAUGAUUCCGCUACUGUUUCUGUGUUCGCUUCUAAUUUUGUGGGGCGAUACCUUACAUUUGAGAAUACGUAUGGAACAAGAGGGGUAGGAGUUGCUUUAAGAGUGGCAGGGGAUAAGGCUGCAUUCUAUGGCUGCAGAAUGGUAUCAUACCAGGAUACUCUCCUUGAUGACACUGGAAGACAUUAUUAUAAAAGUUGUUACAUUGAAGGAGCUACUGAUUUCAUAUGUGGCAAUGCUGCUUCUCUCUUUGAGAAAUGUCAUGUACAUUCGGUGAUUGAAGUUGGAGUUGCUGCUAUUACUGCCCAAAAGAGGGAGACACCAUUGGAAAGUACUGGUUUUAUUUUUUUGGGAUGCAAAAUCACAGGCAAAGGGGUCGAAACAACAUUCCUUGGAAGGCCAUGGGGUGUGCAUUCUAGGGUGAUUUUUACACUAAGUUACUUGUCUAGUGCAAUUUCGACUGUAGGAUGGGACAAUUGGGGUGACUCCAAAAAAGAGAGAACUGUGACAUAUGGAGAGUACAAGUGCUAUGGACCAGGUGCCAAUAGAGCAAAAAGAGUUGGUUGGUCGAAAGGUCUCACAAAUGAAGAAGCUGCACCAUUCUUGAGCAAGGACAUGAUUGGUGGAAGAGGGUGGAUUAGACCUGCACCAAUCAAGUUUAAGAAAGGCUUCUCUUCUAAUCCUGGGAAGUUAUGAAGUCCCUAUGGAAAUAAUGGCUAAUUCAAAUUACAAAUUAUAUUGGUAUAAAUAUGUAGAUUUAUUUUUGUAUAUUCUGUGUAAUAUAUUUUUUUUUUUUUUGAGGAGAUGUAUUUUGUAAUCUUAAUUUAUUAUAUGGUGAUUGAAUUUUAAAAUAUUUGUAUUGAUAAAUGAAAUUCCGUUUGAUUUA